UUGAGCUUGGCUUUCGCCGCUAGCCCCUUGCUGAGCCACUGCCACGGGCCCUGCGGCAUCACCAAUACUGCUCCGCAGCGAGGCUUGCAAAAAGCUCGCGGUGCGUUCAAGCACAACAUCGCAGUUGCCUGCAGCGUCACCAAGACUGCUGCCCUCGCCUGGAGAGCGACAUACUUAGCGAAGCCGGCCCUGCGAGUCGUUUGAACACUGCCAAGGUAAAGAAAAUGCGCUACAUCCUCCCCCUCGCCAGCGCAGCUGCGGCGUGGCAGCCGGCGUGCGCGCCGCUCCAUCGUCGCGCCACGCGCCGCUCCGCCUCGGCACCGCUGCCCGUCGACGACCCGCCGACGCUCGAGGAGCAGCUGGAGCUCGCCGAGGGCGAGAACGCGUAUUUGCGGAGGCGCCUCGCCCAGCUCGAGAGCCGGCUGCGCGAGCAACCGCACCCGCCGCUCUGGGCGCUCGAGGACUGGGCGAGCAUCGACGGCGUGGAGGGCUGCCGCGAGCUGGGGCGGGACCGGCUGGGGACGGCGCUCCAGCUCUACAACGCCGCACACCCGAAGAAAACGCCGCUACGCACCGACGGGUCGAUGGAGCAACUCGCGCGGGAGGUCGUCGCCGUGCUGCCGGCGCUCAAGCAGGCCGUGGUGACGAAGCGCAAGCACGCCCAGUCCAAGCGCGUGCUCCAGGCGGCAACCAAGAGCGGCCACAUCAGGCCGGGGCACGUCGUCGAGGGCGUCGUCGCGGCCGUCCGGGCCGUCGGCGUGCUGGUGGACAUCCCCACGCCUUUCGGCACGUACCGCGCCCAGCUGAAGCCGGACCAGGUCACGGGCGUCACGCGGACGCCGCUCCAGUCGUUCGUGGCCGAAGCGUUCCCGGUCGGGUCGCACGUCCUGGCGGAGGUUCUGGACGUGGACGCGGCGUCGGAGGUCACGGCGUGCCACCUCUCGACGAGGAACCUGGAGGAGGCCCUCGGCGAGAUGUCGACCGACCGCGACGCCUUGUUCGCGCGGGCGCGCGCGAGGCGCGCGGCGCAGCCGCCG